CCAGGGCUGUGGAGGAGACUGAGCUGUCCCUGCCGACAUGAAGCUGCUGCUGCUGUGUGUGGGCCUGACCCUAGUCUGUGCCCAGAGGACAAAAAACCCUGUUGUGACCAGAAACUUUGAUCUUUCAAGGAUUACAGGGAGCUGGUAUUCCAUUCUCUUGGCCUCAGAUCAGAAGGACAAGAUUGUUGAAAACGGUAGCAUGAGGGUUUUUGUGAAAAGCAUGGAUAUGUGGGAAAAUGGAACUCUGUACCUUGUAUAUAAUGCAAAGGAAAAUGGAGUGUGUAUUGAAUUUCCUAUGGUUUGUGACAAGACAGAAAACAACGGUGAAUUCUCCCUCACCUAUGACGGAUACAAUCUAUUUCAUAUAGUUGAAACAGACUAUACAGGCUUCCUCAUAUUUCAUCUCGUUAAUACCAACAACGGCAAAACAUUCCAAACGAUGGAGCUCUAUGCCCGAAGACCAAAUGCUAGUCCUAAACUCAAGGCAAAAUUUGUGAAAAUGUGUGAGGAAAAUGGAAUUGUUGCAGAAAACGUACUCGACCUAACCCUAAGUGAUCGCUGUCUCCAGGCCCGGGAGAGCGGACCAGUCUCUACCUCCAGCCUCUCCUCAAGAUUAACCCGCUCCACCUGCGUUCCUGAGACCCUGGAACACUGUAUUACAUCCUUGUGUCCCUCUGCAAGGGGGGGUGGGAAACAGUGGCACCAGAAGCAAAUAUCUCCUGGCUGAGAACACACCCUGCUGGGAAAGCGAAACACCUGAGCACUGACCCCUGCACUACCUGGCACCUCCUCAGCCCUGGAAUGUGAAACCCUGCACUUCCCUCACAUUCCUGCACCCCUUAUAAAAUCCCAGUGCUCUGCCAUUUGGGGAGUUGGAUUUGGGGGUGCCUUUCCCAUUGACUCUGUUGUUGGUGUGCUUGAAUAAAUCCUCUGUGUAAAGACAUUUCCUUUGGCACAGAGUU